UGUGGUGAGUAUUUCGCUUUGAAAAUACGCCAGGCCUUCAAGUGUCCGUACACAACUGUACACAACUGACGGCCAGCCAUGGCAUCUUUCACUGACUCGUUCACUCAACACGGCGGCGACGCUGUCCACGACGCCGGUCCGAGUCGUCCAUUCGGUGACGAUGGAUACCUAGGCUACGUUCCCCGCCUCCAUUCCCAGCAAUUUGAGUCGUUCACAGCGACUCAUUUUGCCGACUCCGACUCAGUCAAGGUCUUGGCUACCGACUUACCGAUCUUCCACGAGAACAAAAAUUACAACUCUUUCUCCCCCGGAGAUGACGUGUUCGUAUCACAGUCAACGUCGGAGAUGUACGCCGAAGAGAAUGGUACGGGCUCCAAUGGAUCAUUUGCCGGAUCGGACAGUCCGAUUCUGCCACCACCGGCAGAGAUGGAGCCUGAGGAGGGCUUCGCUCUCAGGGAAUGGAGGAGACAAAAUGCUAUCCGUCUGGAGGAGAAGGAGAAGAUUGAAAAGGAGUUGUUGAGCCAGAUAAUCGAUGAAGCUGAGGAAUACAAAGUUGACUUCUACAGGAGGAGGACAAUUUCCUGUGAAAACAAUAAAGGCACUAACAGGGAGAAGGAGAAGUUAUUUCUGGCCAAUCUGGAGAAGUUCCAUGCUGAGGUUGAUAAGAGCUACUGGAAGUCAAUUGCAGAGCUCAUUCCUAAUGAAGUGCCAACUAUAGAGAAAAAAAGAGGAAAGAAAGAUCAGGACAAAAAGCCUUCCAUAGCCGUUGUCCAAGGUCCCAAACCUGGAAAGCCAACUGACCUUUCAAGGAUGCGCCAAAUAAUUUUAAAACUAAAGCACAACACGCCUCCCCGCCUGAAGCCUUCACCACCAGCACCAGCUCCUGCAAAGGAUGCUAAAACCAGUGGACCAAGUGUUUCAGCUGCUCCUCCUAAGGCCACAGUUGCCGUGACUCCUGAGGCUGUUGUUGCUGCUUGAUAGUUUCUUGUUGCAUUAUGCCAGCCUUUGAACCCGAGUAUGUUUCACUGUAAGAGGUUAGACUGUUAGAUUGUGUGAAGUUAAGACCUUUGAAUAUCAUCACUUGGGUAUGUUUGAUGGUGCGACACUGCGAAUAGUUAAUGUGUUUUUUUUUUUUCCUUUUCUUUUGUAUAAAACUCAUUUCAAUUAGGCAGGUCUAUGACCUAGAAUUUAUGAUUCCAUUUUA